AUGGUGGACGAUCAGGACCGUGUUUGUGUUGAGGAUGUAGAGGAUGAUGAUGAUGACUUCUCUGAGGAUGAAGAUCAGGCUCAGGAUGAGUUGGAGCGUAGGCUGGAUGCAUUUGAAAUGGAGGCUGAACAAGCGCCUCCUAUUGAAAAUGCAACUUCUGAGACGGUUGGUGAGAACGCUACUUUCCACAAUCAAAGCCAAGGACAAAGUGGAGGAGGGGUGAGGGCACCGGCUAAGAAAAAGGAACUGAGGGAGCAAAAUUCCAAAAAUGCAAAGCUGAAGCAAUACACCCAACGUAUGGGGUGUAAGACAUUUGGUGAAUGGAGGGAAACGUGGGUCAACGAAGGAGUAUACCCCACUUCGCUACUAGGGUCGUCCAAAGGACCCUCUUCUUCCACGAUCACUACGCUGGUGAGUCGUGCUAGUGAUUUCUUCUGUUCACUGCAUGCGCGUGACAAGGAGACCGGAAAAUGGGCCAUCAAGGCUCCGAAAACGAAAGAAAUGGCUGAUAAGCUCAUUGAACACACUGAAGAACUGGUUGAAGGCAAGCUCGUCCCAAGUGUAGAAAAAGACCCUUUCACCUUGGCUUUGGGAAAGCCCUACCAUCCAGGACGGGUAGUAGGUGUAGGAGGGUCAUUGCUAGGGUGGGAAAAGGUGAUGGGUCCAGAGUACACUAAAUCAGGAAGAUCCCGAGCAAGUGUGAACUCACCUCAUGACUUGGUUUCCACGGUGGCAUCCAUUAAGGAACAAGUCCGCAACGAGCUCGUAAGUGAAUUUAACGCUUGGGCGAAGCAAAUGAACCUACCGAGCUUGCCUUUCCCCUCGAAUACACCCGUCGACUCAUGUAGUCACCCAAAAGGACAAGGGGAAGAUGAUAUACAUGGAGACGAUGAUGCAAAUGAGGGUGGUACGCCUAAACAUGCGGACUCGAGGGAGCUCGAUAAUCCAGCACCUCAUCGUUUUCCUGAUUUACAAGAAGAGACCCGUUGUUCACUUCUACACCUGGACGAAUCUGGAGCUUUGCAUGUGGUUGCAUAUGAUUUCGCAAAAAAGACAAACUUCAGAGAGGAGGGUGGAACAACCAAUAAGCGUUGA